GGUCUUACUCAGGCUUCCUUUAAGACUCCAAGUGGAAUUAUGUUUAUCGACAUUUUUACAUAUUAAUCAAAAAUGAAAAGCUGAAAUAUCUUGAGUCAAUAAGUAUUCAAACACUUUGUUAUGGCAAGCCUGAAUAAGUUUAGAAGCAAAAAUAUCCUUAACAAGUCACAUAAUAAGUUACAUGGACUCACUCUUUGUGCAAUAAUAUUGUUUAACAAGAUUUCUGAAUCCCAUAACGCUAAAAGUAGCAGAGAUCCCAGUCUGGAACUUUGAUAUGGACGUAGAGUAUAUUAUAAAAUGCACCCCCUUUUCCCCUUAGAACAGCCUCAAUUCGUCGGUACAAUUCGUUGGGGAAUCUACAAGGUGUCGAAAGUGUUCCACAGGGAUGCUGGCCCAUGUUAACUCCAAUGCUUCCCAUAGUUGUGUCAGGUUGGCUGGAUGUCCCUUGGGUGAUAAACAAUGUUGAUACACAUGGAAACUGUUGAGCUUGAAAAACCCAACAGCUUUGCUGUUCUACUACCAUACCCGUUCAAAGGCACUUAAAUAUUUUGUUUUGCCCAUUCACCCUCUAAAUGGCACACAUAAACAAUCCAAGUUUCAAUUGUCUCAAGGCUUAAACAUGCUUCUUUAACUUGUCCCCUCCCCUUCAUCUACACUGAUUGAAGUGGAUUUAACAGGUGAUAUCAAUGAGGGAUCAUAGCUUCACCUGAAUUCACCUGGUCAGUCUAUGCCAUGGAAAGAGCAUGUUUUGUACACUCAGGUUAUGUCAACAAUCCUUCCUCUAACAGACCAUUCUAUGGAUUAUAUUUAGUGAAAAUCCCCAAAAGUUCUGUAUUUAUUUGGUUCUAGUUUCAUGAGGAAUCACCCCGUGCUUUGUCUGUCCACACAGGUCCAGCAGUAGAGAUACUAGUGUUUACUCUGUUUAGUGAGGGGAGGAGCAUGGCGGAAGCUCAGAAGUUCUGCAGGGAGUAUUACGAGGAACUGGCCACCAUCUUCAAUGCUGAGGACCAGAUAGCAGCUCUGAGAACAGUGUCAGCACAAAACCUCACUGACGCUGUCUGGGUCCACUCCCAAUACAAUGCUUUUUGUCCCAGAGUGGGCUAUUGGAAUCCACCAAAUGCAAAGUGUGUUGUUCAUGGACAAAGAGCAAAAGUAUGGGGUUUGAGAGAUUGCAUAAAUCCAUGUCAAUUUGUGUGCCAGAAAAGUAAGUUGAUUUUGCAUCCAUUCUCUCCCUUGUCUGAUAUUUGUCAUUCUUAACACCUUGGUAAAGUACAUAGUACAUUUCAAAUCAUGUCACCUUUAUGAGGUACAGUAUCCUUUGACAACCGUUUAGGUACAUUUAUUUAACAUCAAUGUCUGUCUAUCAGGACAUUUUUAGGACAAUUGUUUAUCUUCUGUCCUUAGGCACACAAUCAAACAAUUCCUCAGAGCUUAAAUAUUACAUGGGUCAAGGUUCAUUGACGUGGAAGGGGGCACAGACUGCUUGCCGAGCCGAUGGAGAUGAUUUAGCGAGCAUCCUCACCCAAGAGGAUUACACAGCAUUCCAAGGCAUAACAGAUUCACAGCAGUAUGAUAUGUGGAUCGGACUCUACUGGAAGACUUCUACCAGAAUGCGGCAGUGGUCCAAUGGGGACCCCUUUCCAUACUGUGUGUCUGAGCCUCAACUGGGUGCAAGUAACUGCUGCUCCCUGACCCGUAAGGGCCAUGGACAGACUGAACACGCCUCCCUGGACAAGAUAGACUGCUCUCUGAAGAGACCGUUCCUUUGCACUGGAAAAAAGAGAAUGAAGCAGACCAUUGUAAGGAUGUCUCUGAAAUCUAACACAGGAGGUGACCUCAAUGACCCAGUGGUAAAGGAACAGAUGUUGGAGCAGAUCAGAAAGGAGUUUGCUAAGAACGGGAACUUCAUCAAAGACCUGCGCUGGAGAGAACUGCCGAAUGGAGACGUUUUUCGCAAAAUAGUUGAACUUGGAAGCCCUGAAGAAGGUCAGUGUGGGUCUGGAUGAAGAGGACCAGCCAUGAUGAUGCAACAGGAGAGGCAUGGAAGGUCCAAGAAAACUAAAACAGUCAAGCCUACUGUAAAUAACCCUAGUACCUCAUAAUAUAUGACCGUAUAUAAAUAACAUUAUCUUAGUUCACGGACAAUGUUUUUUUUUUAAUGAUUGAUAGCUUUCUGCUUUUGAAUGAGAAAUAAGAUGUCAAGUUAUGUUAGGCUAGUUUUAAACUCUACAAUGUUUUACUAUUGUAACAUCAAAUUAUAAUCUAUGACAUGUUGGUGUAUGAAUUUAAUGUAAUAAUAUUUGUUGUACAUUAGGUCAAUUUGAUUAAUGAAGAGAAGUUUGUAGUUUAAACAUGCAUAGUAACAUGUUUUAG